GCCACCGCGACCACCGCGCCCAGGGCAACGCCCGCCAGCGUGCAGACGCGGAGAUGGGCUUUUACUCUGGCCCCUCGCGGACGAGUACUUAUGUACCCCCCGCGUCUUCCCUGGCUCGCUGCCUGCCGCCGCGAGGCCACCUCAAGCUCGCCGCCCAUCUCGCCCAGGACAUUUGCGCGCCUGCGCGACGCUGCCGCUGCUCACCAUCAUCCCGCCGCUUGGCCCCGUGCACGCUCGUGUUCACCACGCAUAGCCCGCAGUCCUGCCUUCCCGCCACCCUCAUCCGCGCGCCGUGCACACCCCGCCGAAGCCGUCUCGUCAUUCCCACCCGCCCGCGUCGCCAUUCCCUAUGUGUGGCCCCGCCUUCUCGUUGCACCGCGCGCCGUCAAGCCCCCUUUCCGUCGUCGACACCCCGGGCAACAGUUCCGCCUACGACUGCUGUCACGCACCACGAGGGCCUCUCGCGCAUCCACGCCACGUCGUCCAGAUCUCCGCCCACAAGUGCAACCUGCAACGGCCACCCACCGCUCAGACCGGGCUCGCAUCGGGUGCAGCCCUCCAGAGACGUCAUUCACUCUGCAGCGACCUCCACCUUCACCGCGAGCGCCAUGGCAGCAGCUCUGGUGACGCUCAUGGCUACGAGUGCAGGGAUGGGCAAAGACGACAGUGGAAGCGGCAGGGAUGAUGUCGAAAAUGACACGUCAAAGACAAUGAACAGAUGUACAUUAGUGUAGAUACAGUCAACACGCCCUGGUCCUUUUCGCAUAAGAA